CGGACAGGAUGUGGUUUAUAGGGAGAGAGGCUAGUAGUAGGAGGGGGGUUGGAAUUCAGAAUUCUACAUCGGGUGUUUUCGUACUUCUCCGAAAUAAAAAAUCUGCGAACCCCAAACCAGAAACCGCCGAUUCACCGCCUAUAAAGAAAACCUGGUUCAGUUUCGAUCAUCAACACUCUACUGUUGAUCUGUGGUGGUUGUUUUCUCUUGAAUCAAAGAGGAUCCGCACGCGGAGGUCUCGAUGGCUGAAUUUGAAGCGAAAGAGCAGAGGGUAGUGGUUGCUGUGGAUGAAAGCGAGGAAAGCAUGUACGCUCUGUCUUGGUGUCUCAGAAACCUCAUCUCUCCCGAUACCCAGACUACCCUCAUCCUCCUCUAUGCAAAGCCCCCACCUCCCCUCUACUCCUCCCUGGACGGCACACAUGACUUUUUCUCCGGCGAUGUCAUCGCAGCCAUGGAGAAAUAUAGCAGAGACUUGGCUGAUUCCGUGAUGAAACGAGCCGAAUCCAUCUACAAGGAUUACACUAAUAUCAAAGUGGAGAGGAAAGUAGGGAGUGGAGAUGCGAGGGAGGUGAUAUGUAUGACAGUGAAAAAGUUAGGAGCUGAUAUGUUGGUGAUGGGAAGCCAUGGCUAUGGCUUUUUGAAGAGGACUGUUCUUGGAAGUGUGAGCGAUUACUGUGCCCAGCACGUCAAGUGCCCUGUUUUGAUCGUCAAACGUCCCAAAAACUGAUUGUUUUUUGAUUAUUCUUCGAGCUUUACGGCUUCAGUCAGUGCGUGGCCUGUUCGAACACUCUUUACAAGCCUUUUAUUGGGCGUACUUAUAUACUUUAUUUUAUUUCAUGGAGAGAUAUUUUCGAGAGGCUGUUCGAACAGUGAGUAUGGGCGUGCACUGACUGAAGUCGGUUUCGUUUUGGGCUUAAAAACAGAGAGUGCACUUGUAAAUAAUGGAUUUGAUUGUACAUUAUGUGUCUGCUAUUAUUGUGCUAA